GCGUCACCUGUACAGUGUACAGCUGCAAAAGAGACUGGGUCAAAGGCUUUUGCUGGCUUUUCAGGCUGUUGGGCCCGAGUGGUACGGCUGGAGCAAGGGCACCCAUGAGGACAGAGACCGUCGAGGACCAGUCGCCGUCUGGGGUUUUGGCAAACCUCCGUGCCCGUAGAUUGGGGCUCCCGCUUCCUUUCGCAGCUGCUGCUCCGCUCCGUGCCGACGUUGGCUGGCCUUGGCGCAUGGAUUGGGGUGGCCACGACCCAGCGUCUCCUGUGGCAGAGAUGCACAUCAACUACCACAACACUGGCUGGGGCAUCAUGAUUUUCGUCUGCACCUCUGUCCUGUACCUCAUGUCGAAACGCUGA